AUGCCUUCACGACCGCUCGACUCCGGCUGGGACUUCAGCACCGCCAUCGGCCUGAUAGAUUCGGGCACCCAAGAGAUUAGCUCCCCUCCGCUUCGGUCGGUGGCGACACCUCAGGCUUCUACACUGAAAGAUGGAGGAAUACGUCUCGGCAGCUUUUCGAAGCUGUUCGAAAACCUCGGGUUCGCCGAUGACACCUCCGCGCCGUUGCCGCCACUCGAUCCUGAGUCCGAACUCAGCAAUUCCGACGACGCUUUAUUACCCUCCCCUGUCCUCGGAUCGACCAAGACACCUGCCAAACUUAACGAGAGCUCAGACGAGCAGGGAAUAGACAACGCAGGUCUGACUAAGACCCAACGGAAGAAGGCUCGCAGACGCGCCGAGAAGGAGCUCGAAGAGGAGCGGUGCCGUCACCAAGCUGUUCAGGACACCUUGGCCCAGCUCGCGGAAGAACGCGAGCAGAGGAAGCAACAGGCACAGCAGGCGUUACUGCGGAAACAACUAGAUGAAAUCGCCAGCAUAACUGCCAAGGAUGUCAAGGUGGCGGAAAUGCCAACCAAGCCGUCCCGAGCACAUUCACGAUCCAACGUGGGCGCUAAGAUCAGGCCUGCGACACCUACCGCAGUACUUGCACAGGACACAACCGAGGCUGCUCAGACACAACAGAAGCAGCCCAGGACACCCAAGGCCCGCCCCAGCAUACUGAAGCGGCCUUCCGCGGCACAGCCUGUGACUCCUCAGCCUCCUCAAGAAGUCCCCGUAGUCGUUCCCUCUACUGCACCGGCCCCGACUCAGACCCAAAAUAUAACAUUCGAUGCACUCGCACCUGCCCCGUCUCAGGACCUUCUACUCGAACCUCAGCAAGCGCCUCGUGCCACCACACCGGUACACCAUGGACUUGUUCCCCGAACUGUUCGACCGGUCACCGUACCAAGAACCUGUUCUCAACCAGCCGUCGUUCAACAACCACCCACUACCCCAACGCCGCAACGUAAGUCGUUUAGCGGACAGCGCCCAGCUCUUACGAUUAGAUCACAGGUAGAGCGUCAUUAUCACUUGUUUAACAAGUUGAUGGAGACUUUCCCUGAUGAUCGAAAGUGGCUGGUGGCCCCUAUGCAAAUGCUUAACGAGCGCAACUCAGCGCAUGGAUUGCAUGUCUUUGUCGAUGCCUCCAACAUCAUGAUAGGCCUCAAAGACAUGCUCCGCUACCACGGCCUGCACCACAACGCAUACGACAUGUCCUUUGACAGUUUAGCGCUACUGAUGGAGCGCCGCCGACCGGUAGCAAAGCGCUUCUUCGCCGGCUCCCACCGCGAAGCCAACCCCCUCCCCCACGUAGCGAAACUCGUCGAGACAUCCAAAGCCGUCGGCUACGACAGCGUCAUGCAAGAGCAAGUCCUGAUCGUACGCGAAGACUCUGAGAAGAAGAAAUUCUUCAACGACGUCAAGAAGAUGGGCUGGCACAAGGCUACUCAAAUACGCUCUUCCGGCAGCGGUAGCGACUCUGAAACGGGUCCGUCUGCUGUCACUCCGAAGACCCCCUCGGCCCCGAAAUGGGUCGAGCAGGGUGUCGACGAGAUUCUUCACUUGAAGAUGUGCCAGAGCAUAAUUGAUACCGAAGUGCCUAGCACCAUGGUUCUUGCGACGGGCGACGGUGCCGUGGCGGAGAUGUCGGAUGGGUUCCUCGCGCAUGUGGAGCGCGCGUUGAAGAAGGGGUGGAAAGUUGAAUUGAUUAGUUGGGGUCAGCAGAUCAAUGGAGGGUAUAGGAGGAGGCAGUUUAGGGCUAAGUGGGCGGAGCAGUUUACGAUUAUCGAACUCGAUGAGUUCUUGGAGGAUCUUAUUGAUACGCCGUAG